AUGUCAUAUUCGACAUCAUUGACCUAUGCAAAGGGAAGAAACGGUCACAAUCAGGAUCUGCACUACUUUGUUGAUUUGAACCAUACCCAUCAGUCCUCUUUUGAAAUACCUCAUUCUAUUUGCCUCCUAGAUCAUUAUGAUCAUUUGAUUCUUUUUUUCGAAUGUCAAAUGGGCACAGGUGGUGCAUUUGUGGUUCCAUUAUUCGACAUUAUCGUGAUUCUGAUGACUUUAGCCACAAUUUCAGAUCAUCAUAAAGAACAGAUAUUAAGAAAUAAUGAUCCAUAUAAUGCUACAAGAUCAUCGUUGGGCAAACGAGCUUUGAAAUUGCUCCGAUUUUAUAUCAAAACUUUGAAGGACUUCGAUCAUACAGAAAAAAGGUUAUACGAUUUGGAGCUGCUAAGAUGUCAAUUCUUCAUCGUUAUAGAUCAACUUUUCGUGAAUACAAGUUUAAAGAAUCCUUACGCAUCAUAUAUCAGCUGCCUAGAGCAGAAGUCUGGAGUUUUAGGGACCGAAUUCAUAACCUCGACAAUUGGCAAAAGAGCAAAUUUUUUAAAUACCAUACUGUGGACUUUUUCAAACUCGUUGCAAGAUGACCGCGCACUUUAUACAUCUAUUCAUGAGGUAUGGAUGCCUAUUCAAGACAUUAUGUUAGACUUAAUCGAGUUACGACACGACUAUUAUAUUAGAAACGAAAUUGACAAAGGAGAUGGAAGACUUGAAAUUUUUAAAGCACUGGCUCGAAGUCCUUUGGCUCGUUUUCUGACGUCGAUGGAUUCAUCUAGACAAUUUUCCAGGCGUUUUUGUGGGUAUAUAUUUAUCAUGUGCGAUUACAAGUCCAAUUUGAAAGCAACUGAAGAAUUACAAAUCUAUCCAGUCCAUCGAGGUGAAGAGUCGUUUUCGCCAACCUUUGUAUCUAGGGUCAGGUAUACGAGAGACUACAAGUUGCAGAAAUCCUUUUUGAUGCAGCGAAGAUUUCUUAAGAUUUGUUUUAGACUCUAUUUAGAUAUUCCAGCUGGUUUUGAAUUAUCAAGCCCAUCUUUUAACCUAGAAGAUUUAGUUGAAGAAAUUUCAAAGAACUUGGCAGAAUUCAACGAUAUAAAGCAGUUUGAGGCAUUCUUUUUCGCUAAUUAUCGUCAAUCACUGCAUAUGAUGCCAUAUAUUGCACAGACUACGUUAAUCCGAAUAUUUUCAGGUUUUAUUGACCGAAGUCAAAAAAAGAGCAUUAGCUUGCCAAAAGUUAAUCUCGUUGAUAUACUGAACAACGCAGACUCCUUUUUGACACAAUGUAUUUCCCUAUUUCAAGAGGGGUUUUUCAUGCUAUGGGAUAUAGAAAGCAAAAAUAGCUUCAUACUUGACAAUAUGAAGGCUGAUACUUGCCUAAUUGUAUUAUUAAAUCGCAUGCAGUAUUUGAAUGGAAAAAGCACCCUAAUUGAUUCCAAAUACUAUGAUGAAUUUGUUUCAUCAAUUAACAAGAAUGACAGUGAAAGAAGAGAUAUUAUUAAUAGGCAUUUUCUGGGAGAAGAAGUUUCAGAUUUUCAUUCUGUAAUUACACAAUUACUAGAUAUCUGA